AUGGCUUGUAAACACCGAAUAAAUUUCAACCACGUCAUUCUUUUUGUCGCCGAGUAUCUCAACCCGCACAGUCUGUUGGCCCUGUUCCAUGCCACUCCCUCGCUGGCAAACCGGUUAAUACUGCGCCAUGCUCUCCAUCAGAAUAGAGCAGGACUGUCUAUUUUCCAUCUCAUCGCGCAAGAAGGCGAAGAGAAUAUUUUAAACUCACUCCUCACCCAUAAUGUUAUCGGAUGGGAUGUAAGGGAUCAUAACGGUCGGACACCGCUAUCCCACGCAGCACAAAACGGCCAUAGCACAGUGGCACAUAUAUUAUUGCGCAACGCGGGCGUUGAAGCAGAUGCUAGAGAUGAUUUUGGUCGAACGGCACUAUCUUAUGCAGCUGAGAAUGGCCACGAAGAAAUUACUGCUUUGUUAAUGGAUCGAAACGAUGUUCUGGUCGACUCGAAAGACGUGCUGAGUCGAACUCCGCUGUUAUUUGCUUCUUCGAGUGGACGUUAUAACAUUGUUAGACUACUUGUUGCACGAAAAGACGUCAAGGCAGAUUCGAAAGACCAUCGAGGGUUGACAUCGCUAUCUCAUGCCGCGUGGAAUGGACACGAAGAGGUGGUCAGCAUGUUGCUAGAGAGAAAGGGUGUCGAUAUCAAUUCGAGAGAUGAAGCCGGCUAUACCCCUUUAUCCUGGGCUGCAGAACGAGGCCACGCGACCGUCGUCAGAAUGCUACUGGAGCAGCCAGAUAUCGAUGCAGAUUCAAGAGGACGAAUAGGCCAAUCACCACUAUCCCAUGCAGCCGGAAAUGGACAUGCAGAGGUCGUUCGUCUCCUGUUGCAGAGAGGCGAUGUCAAUCCUAAUUCAAAGGACUUUCGCGGAGAGACGCCCUUAGCAUGGGCUGCAGCCGCAGGGCGGACAGACGUCGUCAGGAUCCUACUCGAAGAAGCAGGAGUCGAUGCUGAUCCUCGCGAUGAUCUUGGACGCACUCCGCUAUCCCUUGCUGCGUGGAGAGGAUUUGAAGCAGUGGUGAAGAUGCUGGUGCAGCGAGAUGAUGUCAGGGUUGACUCGAUUGAUCUUACUGGACGGACACUGUUAUCAAGGGCGAAAGCAGGUGGCAAUGAAACCAUUGUCAAGCUGCUGUCCUCUUGUAUAUAG